AUGGCCGCUAACGAAACUAGUACCGAAGCUAGUAUCGUUAUACCCUACACGUAAGGUUGAUGUUGGGUUUUGAAAAAUGCUUGGGUUUUUUGAUUUUUUUUUAUUUUUGAAUUUUUUUGGCGGUUUUUAGGUUAAAUUUUUUUUUUGAAAUUUAAGGUUGAAAAAGUGAUAUCUUUGGAUUUACAGUGAAACCUAAGCUUACGUAAUAGUCAGAGCCGGGUGCUGGAGGGGGGGGGGGAACCUUUAAAAAAUGGGAAGAACUUUCUUUACAAAAGAUAAAAUGGCAAAAGCUUUCUUUCCAAGACUAAAAAUGGCAAUAACUUUCUUUACAAAAGAUAAAAUGGCAAAAACUUUCUUUCCAAAACCUGCAAUUGCAAAAACUUUACAAAACAAAAAUAGCAAGAACUUUUUUUAUCAAACAGAAGUGCCUCCCCAGAAAAAAAUUUUCGAAAAAAGUUGAACUUGGUCCUCCCUGUGGAUUUUUGAAAAAAGAUAGCACGGUUUUUUCGACCUCCGCUCCAGACCAAAAGCCCCUGCCCGGCACUGGUAAUAGUAAAUUUUCUUAUUUUGUUAUCAAUUUUAAGCUCUUUAACUUAAUUUAUUACCUAAUAUUUAGCUACUCUACCAUUGAAAAUACGUUAAUGGUGGUGGGAUACCUGAGCCCGCUUAUCUUUCUCGUCGUUGCGUGUGCAAUUUGUUGCAUAAAACGAAAGCAGAUUGCCAAGUUUUUCAAAAAAUCACCACCGACCAAGCUCGAGAAUGUCGAGAAGACCAACGAUGAGGCUCCGAAUUCGGAGGGAACCACGGCUGAAGGCAGGCGCAGGAAGGAUGGCACGACCAACUCAGAAGGCACGUCACACACGGAGGAUAAUACCAAAGGCACCAACAGUUCCGCUAGCCAAUCGACUGCAGGCACACUCAUGUCCCAGAUCUCGGAAUUGACACAACUGGACAGUAGGCGGGAACCCAGUCAUCUCAGCUGUCACGACCAGGUGUCUGUUAAGUGA